AUGGAGACUAUAAACACCCCUGGAAAUGUUGUCCAGCAAGACACACACAUCAUUGCUUUUCGGAAGUUUCUAAAGCAAUGGUACAACUGGUAUGUGGUCAAUGCAGUUGAGGCCGGAUUCGUCACUUCUCACUUGAUGUUCAUCGCUACGAUCCGCAUGCAGUGUCCAUACAUGCGUGAGCAGAACAUCUUUGCCGCCUGCUUCGUCAUCUACAACAUUGCUAUGGCAUGGAUUUUGAAGAAGAUGAAACGGGACUUCGGCGUGCUCGUCCACCUGUUCGGAACAAUUUUCUGCGGCCUUGUCUUCAUCGAGUUCUUCACAACCAUGAUGUGUCCGCUCGAAGAUUGCUAUUCGCACGUCAAGGAGAGAGCUGCCGAUGUCAGCGUGUACGGACAACUUCAAAGUCUCAUUUGGGGAGUCGGAGUACAAGUAUUUUUUGGUUAUAUCUUGUCAGAGCACGUCCUCAGCUUCUGUGCCACUUUCAGACAAUUGAUGUUGAAUACUCCAGAAGGAGCACAACCAAUCGCCACCAAUGCGGAAUAA